AAGCGACAGUCCGGUCCGGUGAAGUCUCCUGCUGCCUUCCCCCGACACAGAAGCACUGAGGGCAAGAAUGGUUUCAAUUAUUUUUAGUAAAAGUCUUCUCCUAAUCGGGGUACCAUGGACGACAUUGAAGCUGAGCUAAAUCUGACAGACCACGCGGAGGCAGAUGCAGACGACGAGUCAGAGAAUGGGAUAUCGGUUCGUGCUUCUACACGUGCAUGUGUGCCCCCCUCCCUCUUGGCGCCAGCACUCUGUCCAGCCGAAUCGCGUGAGACUGGUUUCCGUCAUAGUGUGAGGCUAUGCGUUGAGGCCGUGAGGGAUGCCAUGCUCCACCAGCGAUGGGAGGAGGCAGCCAUGUACAUGUCACACUACACACAGGCCCUUGAGGACAACCGCCUCAAAAAAUUCUACACGUCCAAACAGAUAAUGUGGCGUUUUGGCUGUGAGAUUCUACACCAGCACCCUAACACAAACCCGGAGACUAUCAUUGAUUUUUAUGAACAAAUGAAAAACUUUGGAGUGGGAUACUUUGCCAAGAUCAGCCUAGAUCAGGCCAUGCAUCUGCUGCUGGGCGGCCAGGCAGAGGAGGCGCGGAGGCAGCUGUCGGUGGCAGAGAACUGGAGGUACGGCAAGCAGUCCAUCUCUCUCCAGUCCCAGGAGCUGCUCCUCAUCAGGGCCUACCGCGCCUUCCUGGACUACAUCACCUGGCGCCAGAAGAAAACCUUGGCAGAGGAGGAGGCAGAUCAGCAAGGUGAAGGCCGCAACCCAGAGAUGCACAGCUACUUCCGCCAGGCCUGCGUGACCCUCCAGGAGAUCAUCAGACAGCCUGGUGUCUGGGACUCAUUCGUGCUGGCCUACGUUGAUAUGCUGGAGUUCUACCAUGAUAACGAGACCGCAGAGAGUGUUCUGAAGGACUACGCCUACGACAAGUCCUUCCCAGCCAAUCCAAACGCUCAUGUCUACCUGUUUGACUUCCUGAAGAGACACAAUGCCCCGGUGAAGAAGCAAUUGAAAGUGCUAGAGAUCCUGCAUACUCUGGUGCCAAGUCACAAGCUGGUGCUGGACUACUGCCACCUACUGCUCACCCAAGGGGAGGAUGACCAAGCCUACAGGGCCUUACUGCUCAUCAUGGAACUCCUGGAGUACAUCACCUGGAAGUAUAAUGUCCAUGGCUGGACAUGUCUUAAGGAAGUGAUCAUAGCUCUGUCUGAAAGGGGUCUUGAAGAUGUCUUGGCGAAGGAGUGGCAACGGAGAAAAGAGCUGUGGACGUCCCUGCACUUCCGAGCGGCCCACGCCAAGAAGGACUUGGAGGCCUGCAAGGAUAUCCUGCUGAUCAAGAACUACCUGGCCAUGUACCACCUGUACGGCAGAAGUUGUGAAUACUGUAACAACGCCUUCCGACUGCUUCCCAUGUCAAGCAAGAAGACCUAGACACACAUUCUGCCUUAACUGAUGGUCACAUGCAGGAAGAAGACACCAGAAGCAGCAGGUGGACCUUACAAACCAUUUCCAACACAGUUGUACAGGAUUCGUUCAAGCUGCUGGUUUGGCUCGUUCAGAACGUAGCAGAAGGCAACAAAGAUUUAGAAAAUGGUAUGCAGAGUGGAUGUGUAAACGUCCCUUACUGUAAAUGUUUACUUCCUGAACUCUUGAUAAGCGGAUGUGACUGAUGUAUUGGUGUUAGCUUGGCUAUCAUGACUGCAAGACUACGAGACUAUGGUCUGGCUAACCCACAGUGUCAACCCAUUUCCCUGUGGGAAAUGCAAAGAGCGUGUCCAGCUCUUAAUGCAACUGGUACCUCCAUAUGCUACUAGUUGAAGCUACAAUCGAUAAGAUCAUAGAUCAUAGAUCAUAGAUCGAUAAGCCAUUCCUUCACUCACCGGCUUACUGAGGUGGUGUGUCAUUGCUUUAAGCAUGCCCCAUUAAACCAUUGUAGUGCUAAAAAUUGGUUGCCUCUGUAUCUCAGUGGCGUUUGAAAUGUUGUAGAUGGCAUGCCUGGCUAGACUAAAUGGUUUUGCCAAGCGUUGUGCAGCUUCACAGCUAGUAUGGGUGAGUCCAGGUUAGUUGAUGUUACCAUGUGGGUGCUGAUGUGCAUAACAAUAAAUGUGCACAGCUUGGCCAAAAAGCUUGAUUCUCCAGACCAAAAAAAAAGCGCUCACACACACCAUACCAAUAUGUUGUUGGACCACGUGUAGACACCACACAAUGCAAGACCAAAUGUGUUUUUUUUUUUUGUGAUUUUUUUUUUUCCAUGCUGUAUAUAUUUUCACCACUAGGUGGUACUCAUGCAGUGUAGAAUAUUCAUGCCUCUGAGUUUUGUGUAGCAGCAAAAGUGUGUGUGUGUGUGUGCGCGUGCGCGCGUGCGUGCGUGCGUGUGUCUAAGUGAGAAAUGAGAGCUGCAUGUGUGUGAAUGUAUUCAUUCAUAUGUAUUGAAUGUUUUCAAAAGGCUGCCAAGGUCCAGCUGCCUUGGAAGAGUGUCUUAAAGGUGCACCAUGUAAUAUUUCUAGUAGUUAAUUUCCAGAAUCCAUACUGCCCAUUCACGAAUGUUACCUUUUUAACAAAUACUUACCGCCACCAUUCUGAAUUCUAAGUAAUUCAGUAUGACUGGGGAAAUUGCACUUUUCAUACAUAAGUAAGGGGAUCUUCUUCAUGGUUUGCCAUUUUGAAUUUCCAGAAAUAGACAUUUUAAGCUGCAAAAAUUACUGUACUUUGGUCAUAGUAGUAAAUACUAGUUUAUUACUCAGUAAAUAUUCAUGAAGAUAUAAAAUUUGGCAAUAGGCAGCAUACUUUCAAUGAGAAGCAUAGUUGCAAUACCUAUUCUGGCCACAAUCUUACACAGUGCACCGGAAAGUAAUUUUGUUUGUUGAGUUUCUAUGUGUAUGGCUCUCUGUGAGAGUGACGUGCUUCAAGGUUAUGCAGUUACAGCAAUGCCUUUACAAUAGCCAUAGCGGUUUAUAGCAGAGCUUAACAUUUGAAUAACACUUCACUUUAGUCUUCACGUUUCCACACAUACAAGGUGUGCAUAAUUAUUAGGCAAACACGUUUUCUGACCAUAUUGUCCAUUCUAUGCAUAUUUUACAACAACAACCUGUAUGAACAUGAUGCCUAUUAUUGUAUUAACAGUUUUUUUCAAUUGCUAACAUGCUUUUGUCCAAUCCUCAGCGACAUUUGCAAAACUCUUAAUACAGUUAGCACACCAAGGGCUUUCCAUUGCCAUACAGUUGACACAUUACAUGCCUUUUUCACACAAAUUGCAGUCAAUGAAUGCAUUUCUUUGUGUAUAACAGUGUGUGCUUUUGAGAAGAAAAUGAACUGUUUGGCCAAUUGUUCUUGGUAGGUGGUAGUCUGUGUUAAGAGUUUAGAAAAAGUAUCCAAAGUAUGGGUAAGCGCUUGUUAGCAAUUGAAAAAAACUGUAAGCAUGGUCAAAAUACUUUUGCUUAAUAAUUCUGCACACCCUGUACCUACCUAAUUACUGUCUGUAUAAGUGUUCGCUUUUCAAGGGGUAACAUUAGUGAAUGAAUUCUGAAAUAAACUACUAAAAAUAUUACAUAGUGCACCUUUAACCUUUGUCUUAUUAGUCACGUAUGAACAUACUAUUAGUGGCUAAUGUGUGAACCUUUAACUAUGUUAGUUGUUAUCAACAUUUACUCUGUGUUGAAUCAGUGUGUGUCUUCCAAGCGUCAAAGACCAUGCUUAUACUUUUUGGGCAACACAGGAAGCUUUGAGACACACACACACACACACACACACAAAAUAUGGCAUGCAUUUGGAAAUUAAAACUUUACAUGCCAAAUCUUUUUGGCAUUCCAUGAUUUUAUUUUGAUGAACAAAAAUAAGAAUGGUUGCUUUAUGUUGUACAUACUGUAUAGGGAUAAUCUGUUUUUACGACUUUUGAAUUUUUCAGCAUAGCGGUUAUUUUUUUCAGUUGCAGUCGAGGAAAUGUCUGAAAGUACAGUAAAAGUCUCUGUUGACGCACACCGCCUUUGUCAGCCAGCAUAGGUUGUUAAAGCAUAAAACUGGGUCAAUUCUUUCAGAUAUAAAAAUAUACAUUGCAAUGUCUUU